AGCUAAAAAGCAAACGAGAGUUGCCUCAGUUCAUCUCGCGUUACUUCGUUAGUGUUCGCGGAACAGUAUGGCAGCCGUGUCGCUGAGGUCCUGCCGCAGAGGACUUUCACAAAUGUUCAGAAAUGCAGGGAUUGUAGCCCUGCCUUCACAGCACUUACAAGCCAACAGAAGACACAAAUCUACAGUUCAGUAUGCAUCCAGAGCAGAUCUUCCAAAGCUGGCCUACAGGAGGGUGAAGGGGAAGAGUCCAGGGGUGGUGUUCCUGCCUGGCUAUGGCUCCAACAUGAAUGGACAGAAAGCUGAGGCACUGGAGGAGUUCUGCAGGUCGUUAGGACACUCCUACCUCAGGUUUGACUACACAGGACACGGAGCAUCAGAGGGGGUGUUAGCUGAGGGAACAAUUGGUACCUGGAAAAAAGAUGUUCUUUUUGUCUUGGAUGAAUUAACAGAGGGACCGCAGAUACUGGUAGGUUCCAGUUUGGGUGGCUGGCUCAUGCUGUUGGCAGCCAUUGCAAGACCAGAGAAGACUGCUGCACUGGUUGGAAUUGCAUCAGCUGCCGAUCACUUUGUCACAGCUUUCAACUCUCUUCCACUAGAGACCCGCAAGGAGAUAGAGGCCAAAGGGGAGUGGUCCCUCGCCACCAAACACACGGAGGAAGGCGUUUACAAAUUCAGCAUGGACUUCUUGCGCGAGGCGGAAAACCACUGUGUGCUCCAGAGCCCCAUCCCCAUCACCUGCCCCGUACGGCUCAUUCACGGCCUCAAAGACGAGGACGUUCCCUGGCACAUCUCCAUGCAGGUCGCAGAGCGUGUCCUCAGCCCAGAUGUGGACAUCAUUCUGAGGCGAAACGGCCAGCACCGCAUGUCACAGAAGGAAGACAUCAAGCUUAUGGUCUACACUAUUGAUGAUCUGAUAGACAAGCUGACCACCUUGGUGUGAAGAGAUAGAUGUUCAGGAUAUAAAAAAAAAGAAAAUGACUGUUAACUGAAAGGUCAGCCCACAAGGAAAAAUAACCAAACAACGGCAUGUUGCCCUGCCGUAUGACACCUAUUAUGCAUACUUUUUUGUUGUGUUCUCUAUUUUAUAUGUCAUGACUUACAUGUCAACAUUUGGUUAUGUUGCAAGCGGUAAUGAACCCUAAAAUGUUCAGGUUGCAUUUGUAUGUUUCUUCCUGUAACAGUGUUGCGUUGAUCAGUCAUCUUUUCUGUCAUUCUUACAGUUUUCCCUCUGUCUCCCAGUAGAUACACAGUUAUCCUGUGCCUUUUUAUCCAGUUUUCAUCUAUUUUUGGUCAAUAAAACCUAUGCACACUAAA